CCUGAGGCGCUCUCAAGUUUCAGCCUUUCCUCUUCCCGUCGGGAAGUCAAGCCGCAGCCCGAGGGCCCGAACCGCCCUGCCCCGGCUCUGCCGCGCUCGCUGCUUUUCCCAGGCUGCGGAAAGAAACGCCUUAGAAAAGGGGUAGCAUUCUAACAUCACUUUUUUUUUUUUUUGCUUGCUCCUAAAUUGCCAUUACCGUAUGUGAGAAUCCGUUGCUGGAAACUACGUCAAAGGGAUCUUCUGUGUGAUUGAAACACCAUGCUGAAGAGAGCGGGGAAGGCCCAACCUUAUAAUCAAACCCCUGAUGGAGGAUGGGGAUGGAUGGUUGUGCUUCACUUUUUCCUGGUAAAUGUGUUUGUAAUGGGGAUGAUCAAGACUUUUGCAAUUUUUUUUGUUGUCUUUCAAGAAGAGUUCGAAGGUACCUCUGAGCAAAUAAGCUGGAUUGGAUCCAUCAUGUCGUCACUUCGCUUUUCUGCAGGUCCCCUGGCAGCUAUUAUUUGUGAAAUGCUUGGAGACAAAGCUACCUCCAUUCUUGGGACACUACUUGUUGCCGGUGGCUAUCUGAUCAGCAGCUGGGCCACAAGCAUUCCCUUUCUUUGUGUGACUAUGGGAUUUUUACCUGGCUUGGGUUCUGCAUUCUUAUAUCAAGUAGCAGCUGUGGUAACUACCAAAUACUUCAAAAAACGACUGGCUCUUGCUACUGCUAUUGCCCGUUCUGGGAUGGGCCUGACGUUUCUACUGGCCCCAUUUACAAAAUUCCUCAUAGAUCUUUAUGACUGGACAGGUGCCCUGAUACUGUUUGGAGCUAUUGCACUGAAUUUGGUGCCUUCAAGCAUGCUCUUAAGACCUAUCCAUGUCAAAAGCGAGACUGAUUCUCCUUCGGAAGUUCACAGUUCGUCUGCAAGUGCUCCGGAGACACAGUGUGCCACAGGAACAUCAUACUGUAAUGAGACACAAGAGUUGUUCACCAAGGACAGUAUUAUGCACAAAGCUGGACAACCUGAUAGAAUUUUUACAGUUUCACAAAAUCAAAGUGAAGAGCUCAACAAUGGGUCUAAUAGGAACAGACUGCUACUACUAAGUCAUGAAGAAAACUGUAAGCAAAAGGCCAUUUCACAGAGCUACAAACAAAAACUCUUUGACUUCUCUCUCCUGAGGAAUCCUUUCUUCUGCAUAUUUACCUGGUCUUUUCUCCUCAGUCAACUGGCUUAUUUCAUCCCCACUUUUCACCUGGUUGCCAGAGCCAAAACUCUGGGCAUUGACAUCACGGAUGCCUCCUACCUUGUCUCUGUGGCUGGUAUCAUCGAGACAGUCAGUCAGCUUAUUUCUGGAUGGGUUGCUGACCAAAACUGGAUUAGGAAGUAUCAGUACCACAAGUCCUACCUCAUCUUCUGUGGUAUCACUAAUUUGCUUGCUCCUUUAGCCACCACAUUCUCACUUCUUAUGACCUAUACCGUAUUCUUUGCUGUCUUUGCUGGUGGUUAUCUGGCACUGAUACUUCCUGUACUGGUAGAUCUGUCUAAGAAUUCUAGAGUCCACAGGUUUUUGGGACUUGCUGGUUUCUUUGCUGGGAUGGCUGUGCUUUCUGGACCUCCUAUAGCAGGCUGGUUAUAUGAUUAUACAGAGACAUACACCGGCUCUUUCUACUUCUCUGGAACAUGCUACCUCCUCUCUUCACUUUCCUUUUUCUUUGUACCACUGGCUGAGAGAUGGAAAAGCAAACAGUUUCCAGAAGAAAGGAGGACUACAAUCAAGUGAAAGCUUAACAAAGAAAAUCUAAAUUAGUAACUUUGUGGAAAUAAAAGCUUGGAAAGAAAAUAAUUAUUAUUUUUAAUGC